CCCUCCCUCUCCAUCUCGCCAUCCCUCCCUCCCUCCCAUAUCCCCACCUCGCCAUAGUAUCUCGCCAUCCUUCCCUCCCUCCCAUCUCGCCAUCCACUCCUCUCGCCAUCCCUCCAUCCAUCCAUCCAUCUUCUUCUUCUUCUUCUUCUUCUUCUUCUUCUUCAGCAUUGUAAAGCAGUCUCCCUUCGUCUGUCCAUCUUCUAAAAUUUCAGCAUGGCCAGCGGGAGCAGGGCAGGGGGUGCGGUUGGUGGAGAAGGAAGCAGGAGGCAGUCGGAAAGAGGAGUGGGUAGAGGGAAGGACAUUGCGAGCUCGAGCGCACCUUCGUCGGGGGUGGUUGACAAAGUCCCGACGCCGGCUACGGACCCAUCCUUGUUCGUCCCACAAGCGGAGGAAAAGCAAAAGAAGUUGCAGGGCAAGAAGGAGGUGUGGAAGCAUGUAGAACAAGGUCAGGAGGCUGUGCCGAAGGGGCGGGGAGAGUAUUGGCUGCGGUGUCGGCUGUGCUCGACCAUUUACAGGGGCACGAGCACAAGAGCCGUCGAGCAUUUCCUAAAACUGCAGAAGCCUUGCCCUUUCAGGACGGGCAUGAUAUUGCACAAGCUGGUGGCCCAAGGCGCGAAGGUGCUGCCGAAGGACAAGAAGACGCAAUACCUUCUGCAAAAUUACCGGCAGCUUCACAACAUUUCAGCGGGGGGUGCUGCUGUCAAUGAGGACGACGAGAGUGUGGUUGUUCCUCGCGGUUAUGAGGAGCCACAACCGCCGGUUGCUGCUGGGAGGGAGCCAGUGGAGGAGCCGGUGCAGCGGGGAAAAGAACCUGCAGCGGCACAGGCGGCGGGAGAAGAUGGUGCUUCCACCACAAGGAUGGCUUCAAUGCAGCAAACGACCAUCAAGAGAUGGGUCGACAACGCGGCGCAGAAGAAGUUGGAUGUCGCGUGGGCGGAGGCACUGUUCAGAGCUGGAAUUGCAUUCCAAUUCCUGGAGUUCGACAUCACGCAGCAGCUGCACAGCGUGUACCUCGAGAUGGCGAACGCCAGACCGCAGGUGAAGUUGCCGUCUUCGAAGCACAUUCGGACUGUCAUGCUAGAGUUCAUUUUCAUGCGCAUUCAAAAGCAAAUGGAGCCUUUGACAAAAUGUUGGGAUGUCACCGGCUGCACUUUCAUCACGGACGGGUCUAACGAUCGGAGGGACUGGCCUGUCAUGAACUUCUUAGCGGCGGGGGAGCAGGGAGCUGUUCUGGUGGCGACGGUGUACAUGGACGGCAAGAAGAAGACAGGAGCGGCGUUGGCAAAACUGUGGGAGAAAAUAAUGAGGGAGAUUGGGCUGCAUCGCAUCAACGCAAUAUGCACUGACAACGCGGAGGUGAACAAGAGAGCAGCUCAAAUUUUGGAAUGCUUGCUGCUAAGGGACGUCAACAAGUUGGACUGGGUGAAGGGCACGGUGAAGCGGGGCCACACCAUCGUCAAAUUCAUCAGGAAUCACCACACGAGUAACAGUUUCAUGAUGAGUUUGGACUCGUCAUUGACGUUGUUGCGACCGACCGAGGUCCGUUUCGGGUCGGUGUACCGGAUGCUGGAGCGGAUACACAACCGGAGGGCAGUUUUGAAGGACAUGGUGGACGCGACGAAUGUGGGGAAAUGGAAGGCGAUGCGGUGGUCGAGCGCGAAGCUGCAAGCGAAAGCGGAUCUCGUGUACUUCACACUGCGGAGGGAUGGUUGGUGGACGGAGCUAAGGAAGGUGGUGGAGAUGAUGGAGCCGUUGUAUCUCCUACUGCGGAGGAUGGACAAGGACAGGACAGCACCGUCAAACCUUGUGGAGUACGACCGACUCAUGGAGAGGAUGCUGGCGGAGGUUGUGCUGACACCGGAGCAGCGAAGUCCGGUGCUGGAGAAGCCGCUUUCGCUUGCAAAUCCGGUGCUUGGAGACCUGCGCGAGUUCCACAAGCGACCCACCGCAUACGACCCCAAUCGGACGGACAAGAAGAUGUGGGAGCCGGAUGCGGUCGAGGAUGCUGAUAUUAUCUCGCCGUCGGAGUGGUGGGCAACAUAUGGUGGCGACGUGCCGAAGUUGCAGACCAUCGCUAUCAAAGUGAUGGGCAUGUGGAGCACUGCAACUCCGGCGGAGCGUAAUUGGUCGUCGAUGGACUUGGUGCACUCCAAGCGACGGAAUCGGUUGAAGCCCGCGACCGUGGAGAAGCUUGUGUACAUUCAUUGGAAUAUGAAUCUGUUGCGGGCGAGCGAAAACUUGACGGACCAUCACUACAUCGAUUUGUGGGCGGAGUUCUUCGAGUCUCCUCCGGCUGCGGAGGAGGGCGAUGAUCCUCUUUUGGCGGUGCCCGAGGAGGAGAAGGGGAAAACGGAGGAGGAACAGGCCCAGGAACGGGCCUUAACCAAGCUCCAUGGUCGGAAUCGUAUAGCGAAGGGGAGGCAGACGGCGGGUCCGACGAUGACUUUGAGCUGGGAGCGCAACCCGCAAUCCCGGGCACCACAUAUGUUGGGAGGAGGCGAAGAACACAGUGCCACGGAGAACGCCCGCCCACAACACCAUGUCAAGGGACGGCUAAUACAAGUGCGCAGUACGAUUGACACCGACAUUGACAUGGUGCUUGGCCCUGGUCCGAUCGACGCGGAUGAGGCGGAGGCCGAUCGUGCGAAGGCAAUGGCUGAUGCGGAUCGCGAACGGGUGCAAAGGAGAAUGAGAGAGGAGGAGGAGCGGCGAGCAGCUGUACCAACCCGUAGAGAAAUGCAGAAACAAAAGAAGAAGGUUGGAGAGCAUGAACCAGAGCCUGCGCGGGAGAUGGGGCAGCACGAGGAGGAGGAAGAGGAGGAGAUGGGCCAGCAAGACGAGAUGGAAGAGGAGGAGAUGGGCCAGCAAGACAAGGAGGAAGAACACGAGAUGGCCCACCUGGCGCAGGAAGAAGAAGAGAUGGAGGAGGAAGAAGAAGAGGCUUGCAUGGAGCAGCGAGAGGAGGAGAUGGAACAAGAAGAAGGGCACGGACCAGCAAGAAGAGGGUUUGGAGGACCAACAUGCGGAACGGGUGGGAGAGAGCGAGGAGGAGCAGCAGCACGACAAGAUGGCGCACAACGAGGAGGAGCCGCAACAGCAACAGUAUGCACCGACGACCGCGUACAAGCGUCGGAAGAAACAGCGGAGCCUGCCGGAUCGCCAUAGAAUUCCCCCGAAUUUCCAGACAACUUAAGAGGGGAGCCAACACGACAACCUGUGGGUCAGCAGGGUCCUGUCGACGAUGUGCCGAGGCCGAAACUUCCACGUG